AUGGACGAUUCGGCGCCUUCUCCGCCAAUGGGAGCCUCCAUUGAAACAACGAAACGAAAAGUGGCCCAUUCCGAUGAACACGGAUUUUCUGGUUAUUGAAAAGAUUUUUUUUAUGGACAGUAGUUGAUAUUUUUCAGAUCAAGUACGGAUUCCGAACGUGAUUGUAAUGGUUGGCCUUCCGGCUAGAGGCAAAACUUACAUAUCGAAGAAGCUUUGUCGCUACCUCCAAUGGACCGGUUUUAGGACGAAAGGUUCAUUUAUAAUAAGAAAGCGUUUAUUAUCGUAUUUUUGAAUGAAUUUUCAGUUUUCAACGUUGGAGAAUACCGAAGAACUGACGCCACGGCUUCAGACGCCGUCCAUGGAGCGAACGCCUCGUUUUUCUCGCCUGAUAAUGCUGAGGCGCUUCGUGUCAGGGCGUUCGUUAGCUUUGAAUUUUUUCUUUGAGCUCAUUUCUUUGUUGUAAAAAACCUUGACCGUUUGGCGAAGUUUGUUAGUCUUUUUCAGGACAUCUUUGAGUACUCCAAAAACUGAUUUUUUUUUUGUUCAACUUUUUUUAUGGUAAAAGACUUUUUUUGAAUCGUUUUUUUGGCUCCUUUUUCAUUUUGAAACAUUUAUAAUGUUAUUCCUCUAAUACUUAACUCAAAAUCUUGAUUUCAAGCUUUAUAUUUGAUUUUGAAAAUAUUGAACUCUUUGUCAAGGUUGAAGAGACUUUCGAAUGCACUUUGAAAGAAAUUACGGAAAAUGGUCUAAAAGUGCCCCGAAAACCCGCCAAAGCAUCUUCCAAACUAUUCUCCUCACCUUCUCAUAGUAAAUAGAUCUUUUUGAAUUUUUUUCGGCUUGUCCCUUUUUAACACCUUUCUUCUCUUGAAAAAAAAAAGCUCCCCUAAACUUUUCUUGACUCGCUCUUUCGAACAACUUCAACCUUUUGAAAAAGAAGCCAUCCGACAGAAACAGGUAAAAAAAGGGUUACGGAAGCCUUUUCCUAAGUUAUACUAAAUGAUUUAUAUUCAUGAAUUGACUGUCUUUUUCAUAUCCAUUUUUCCAGUGAAUCAGCUCGACGGGCGAUGGAAGAUAUGGCCGAAUAUUUGCAUUCCGGAGCCGGAAGCGUCGCCAUUUUCGACGCUACCAAUACGACGAAGCUCCGCCGGGCCACCAUUAUCAACUUCUGCGAGAAGAACAGGUUCAUUUUUGUAGUUUUGAUCUCUUUUUCGAGUUGAAAGGCAUUUUUUAAAAUGUUAAUCAAAGGCUAGGAUUUGUUAUUUUUUUUUCGAUAGUUUUCAACGCUUUAAAGGAAGUUUUUUUCUAGACUGCGCUGUUUUUUCAUCGAAUCGGUGUGUGAUGACCCGCGGAUCAUUGACAGCAAUGUGACGGAUGUCAAGGUUUUAUUAUUUUUUGUUGAUUUUCCAGAAAUUGUACCUUAUAGUAGUGCAUUUGAAGGUUUUUGAAUCAAAAUUGUCAUUGUUAGAAACUUCAGAGUGGUCCCUAUAGGGGAGAAAUGGAAGGUUCUCCUUUAGUGACUACUUGACUCUUCCCUAUUGGAACCAUGCGAAAAAACUGAAGAUAUUUGUUAAAUAUUAAAAAAACAACAAUAGGGGAUGUAUUUAUCAAUUAUUUUUUUAAACAUAAAAUCGACAGGUCCUAUAGGGACCACUUAAGCUUUAUGCGCUUGGAGUCAGACCCUAAACCCCUAUAGGGACCACCUAAAUUUAAUCCCUGGAAGGGCUCUUUUUACCUCUUAAAGGGGCUCUUCUCUAACCACUAUAAGGACCACUUUGGGGUUUUAAGUUUCGUGAAAUGAAAAUUGAGGGAACCUUCUAGAAAAAUGGUUACAAAAACAGGAAAAUGAUCACUUAAGGGAAGAAAAAUUUUGAGAAACUUUCUGAGGUUUUGUAUUAUCUUUUAAUGAUUUUAAAGCAAAUAAAUUCGAAAUUUUCCCACUUUUAUGCGAUUUUGUAGGCUGAGAGUGUUGAAUAAAAAGAGAAAAAGGGGUAUUUCCUUUCGUAAAUUCAUUUACGGUGCGUAAAUUUUUUUAUGUAUAUAGAUAAAUUCGCCGGACUACAAAGGUCUGAUGACGGCGGAACAGGCAAAAGACGAUUUCAUGCGCCGGAUCGAGAAUUACAAAAAGCAGUACGAGCCGUUGGAAGAAGACGAAACUCCCGAAGGCCUCAGCUUCAUAAAGGUGCCUCUUAAGGGGAAAAUAUUGAGUGAUUCAUGGAAAUCCAGGUGAUCAACGCCGGCCGCUCCUUCAUGGUCCAUCAGGUGAAGGGCCACGUUCAAAGUCGCGUCGUUUAUUUCCUGAUGAACAUCCAUUUACUGCCAAGGAGUAUUUACUUGACCAGAGUUGGUGGUUUUUGUUUAAAAAAGGAUCUUCAAAGGGUUUUUUUGGAGUUUUGUUGGUCAAAUCGUGUCUUGAACCGCAGCGAAAUUUAUUAAAAAUAACAAAAAUUCAGUUUUGAAGCGAAUUAUGUAACACCUGAUCAUAACAGAAAGGAAAAAAGCGAUGAUCUUUGAAGAAAUCUGGGAAAAAAUCUGAUUUUUAUGCAAAGAUUCUCAAUAAAUCGGUUCAAAAAAACGAGUUUCAUUUGAUUUUUUUAGUUUUAUUUAAUCUAAGAUAAUUAACUUCAAGAGAUAUUUUUUUCAAAAAUGUGUUAGUUUAGGGCUAAAUUUCUACCAUUUUUUCUCCGUCUAGUGGAAUUAUACCGCCCAAAUAUUCUAAUUUUUCAAGCAAACUUUGAGGAAAAUGUCAAAAAAAAAGCUUCAAAAUUCCAGCAUGGCCAGAGCGAGUACAACUCGAUGCAGAGGCUCGGCGGCGACUCUCCGCUCACCGAAAAAGGCCAAAAAUACGCGGCCGCUUUGGCCGACUUUUUCGAGAAGGAGCCCGUCGACGGACUGCGCGUUUGGUGUUCUCAGAAGGUUUGGAGAUCGAGAAAAAAUAUUUGGGAGAAGUGAAAAAGUUGAUGAAAACAAUAGGUUUGAUUAAUUGAACUUUGAGUGUCUUAGGAGCUCCAGGGUGGACCCUAUAGUGACCAGCCACUAAAACUUGUAGGGAGGCAUUUUUUGUCCUGGUUAGAAGCUGUUUUCAUCCCUGAUCCCUAAAGGAGUCACUCUGACGUUCCUAAGGAGGUAUAAAAACGCCCUAACGAGAAAUUUACAGUGAUAGAAGAAUCGUGUGGAAAGGACGAAAUUUUAAAAAGUGCGGAAAAGAGGGCACUAUAGGGAAAAGAUAGGCAAUGGGAGAACAUUUUAAAAAAUGUGCGAGGGUAGGAAUUUAUUAUAAUAGGGAAAAAAACUUAGAAUUAAAAAAAUGAGACUCAGAAAAAAAAAGUGAAGGUAUUGUCAUAUGACGUCAAAGUUUACUGGCCAUUUCUUUACCGUUGUCGAGUUACGGUAGUUCUGCGUAUCUUAGUAAUUUCCUGACCAAUCUGUGAGAAAAUAGAUGGAUAACGCGAUGAACCUUCUAAGCAGAUACUGUCUCUAGUUACUGUAGAAACUUUUUUAGAUACGGUACAUUUUGUUUUUGCGAAUCGAAAGGUUUGAAAAUUGGAAAGAAGACGUAGGAAACACAUGUCCUCCAAUAGGAAAAACAACUCGAAGAAAAUUCAAAAUAUAUUAAUUUGAAUCGAUUUUUCUUUAAAUACAUAAAAAUUACUUGAACCGGUAGACUGUGAAGUACAUAACUUGAUAUACUCGAGAAACUUUGAGAAUUUUUGAAGAUAUUGGAAAAAAUAUGGAGAUCAAAAGUAUCGGAAAUUGUAAAGGAAAUUGUUUAGGUAAGGUCUUUUUUUAGGUGAGAGCCGCCCAAACAGCGCAGCAAUUGAAGAACUCGGCCUUUCACACGGAAUAUUGGAAAGCUUUGGACGAAAUCGACGCCGGGAUCUGUGAAGGGCUCACUUAUGAGGAUAUUCAGCAAAGGUCUGAGGGGAAGGAAAUCGAUAGAACUUGAAAAAUCUUGAGAAGAAGUUGAGCUUUAUCAAAGGUCCCCAAAAAGGCGAAAAGGCUUUUUUCGGCCUUUCUAGAAGAUAUAGUUUGUACCAGUUUUGAACGUCAAAUAGAAUGACGUCAUUAGCUCUCUGAUUGGUUUAUUGCGCCAUUUGGGGGCGGAGCUUGAGUGAUUCUUUUAUUCUGAACAGACUAUACUGUUAAAAAAAUCUGAUUUUUUUAGCUUCUAGCAUAGUUUUUCUAUAGAAAGCCAUGAAAAAUGAGCCAAUUCACGGCUGGCUUGAGCCAUCGAAAAAAAGGGUCCUGACACGAUAAGAAAAGAAAUAGUGCGUUUUUAGUGGAGAGCGCAGACCACGGCUAACUUGUAACCUAAGGGGCGUGGCACUGUCUGCGCUCUCGAAAAAGGCACUUUUUCUUUUAGUGUCAAGACCCUUUUUUAAAUGGCUCAGCCCUGAAUCAACUGCAACUUGGUGAAGAAGUAGAAAAUAAUUUCCUCCAGAUACCCGAACCAAGCGGAGGACCGAGCCCGGGACAAGUACCAUUAUCGGUAUCCGUCCGGAGAAUCUUAUGAAGACGUCGUUUCGCGCCUGGAACCUGUUAUUAUGGAGCUGGAGAGACAGGUUAAUCAUUUUCAGGGAACUCGAAAGUUUUAAAAGAAAAAAAUUUAAUAAAAUGCGGGUUUUAAAAUCGAAUUUCGAAAAAAAAAAAAAAAUCUCGGAAUCGCAUUUUAUAUUAUUGACUUGAAGUAUAUCAAAUCAACAAAUUAAUGUUCAAAAACCAGUCAUACACAAUAAAUGUGUAGUGAGAAACGUAUUGUAUGUUGGAAAAUUAGGAAUGAAAAAAAAAAUGCAUUUUAUAGUCUGUUUUUCGCAGGUUGAAAUUUCUCUGCACCCUCCUCGUCUCUAGGUGACGCUCUCAUAUUUAUGUGUUGUUUUCAUGUUUCUCUGACCCAAACGACGAGGGAAAAGAGACGCAGACACUCGAAAACUGCCAAGUCAUGGCUGACAUUUUUGGCAAAGCUUCUAGAUAAAAUAAAGAAAAUGACGCUGAAAUUGCGCUUCAUGGAUAACUAAAAAGGAAUUUUUGAAAUGUUUAAUUUGAGGUUUUAUGAGCAAAUAGUAUUUUUCAAGUUGAAUAUUUCAAUCUUGAAACUUUUUGAGCUUGUGAUAUAAUAUUGCCAGUCGAAACUAAGGGUACAGUUCUAUGCUUUUUCUUCUGAAAAUGUUAUUUUUUUGAAGGUACUCUCCUAAAGAAUUUCAAGUAAUCUUCAUUUAUCCCCCAGUGAGACAUUCUUUCCAUAAUUAAAACGGAAAUUAUCAGCUUUUCAAUAUUAUUCCUUCUCAGGCCAACGUGCUCGUAGUGUCGCACCAAGCCGUUCUCCGGUGUAUCCUGGCCUAUUUCUAUGAUUUGCCACUCUCUGGCCUUCCCUACAUCGAAACGCCGCUUCACUCUCUGGUCAAACUCACCCCGAGGGCUUAUCAUUGCGAUUCUACCGUCUACACCUACGAUUUUGAGAAGAAGAAGGUGAUCAAUAAUAAUUAGGGUUUUUUCGGAAUGUCGCAUUGAAGGAAGGAGUACCGAGAAGAUAGAACAACUAUUAUUAAAAAAAAAGAAAAGGAAAAACUGUCUGAUUUUAAAAAUUUUCAUUUUGUCGGUACCCAAGUCCUCCUUCAGGAGUUUCAUCUUUUUUUCAGAAAGUAAUUUUUUUGAGAAUAAAUACAAGCUUUUUUUAAUAUAUAGGAGCCUUCUGAGCAUUUUCCCGCAGUGACUAUAACUACGACUUGGAAAACCGUGGUCGCAUGGGAAAUGAAUCGAAGCGAGGCGGUCGCGUCUCAAAAGCGAAUUUUAGCAAUCUGAUUCCGAAGUUUUAUGAUGCCACCGCGCGCAAGUAGUUUUGAGUCGGGCGCAAAAGCUUAAACGUCAUUCCAUGUGCCCCCAAGCGAAGAAGAAAUGAAAUAUCCAUUUUCAGUGGAGCAGCGAAAGCAAGCAACUCCCGGUAAGCGAUGAUCCUCGCGAUUAA